AUGAGUGAAACAAGUUUGAUAACAUAUUCUGACAGAGAAAUGGAGUCAUCCCUCAAGGAUUUGCUCGAGCGAAUAUUGAUGCAAUUGGAGAAAUAUAUUGAGACCAAAAAUGAUUUGAAUGCAGUUGAGAAAGAACUGAAAGAUUAUGAAAAUUUGACUCAAUUAGUAAACAUAAUUAAAAUUAUCUUCACUAAUCUAAUGUUGAAGAUAGAGAGAAAAAUCCAGAAAUUAGAAAAUAGUAUAGAUCCAAAUAUGACAUAAAAAAGUAUACGGACAGAGGAUGAAUAUGAAAAAUUAGAAUAAUCAGUCAUUAAAUAUGAGAGCGAGAUAAGGAAUCACAUUCGUUUGGAAUAAUAAUUGAAAUUAUAUGCAGAAUCGAUGUAAUCAAAAUUGGACGAAAGUGAGGCAACAAGAAACGAAUUACUGGAAACAACAAAAAACAUAAUGAAUAAUUUGAAAAGAGAGAAUCAAAAGUAUUACGAAGAAAAUCAAUCUUUGCAAUCAGAAAUAGUAUCUUUCAAGGAAAAGAUUUAAUAACUAGAAUUUGAACAAUAGAAGAGAACCAUUGAGCUGGAUCAUGUAGAUUAUGAGGUUCAGUAAAUAACCAAAAAUAUGUAAUAAAUAAAAGGGUUGGUUUAGAGAAAGCCUAAUAGUAAAGAAACGAAUAAGACUAAUUCCUAUUCAGAACAUAAAUUAAGUAGUUAAUUCUAGGAAAGCACUGACUACCCAACAUAAUCGUAAGGGUCUUUGAAACAGAACUAUUUCAAUAUUUUGUAAUACGGAUAGAAUCAUCAUUUGCAAUCAUUAUAACAAUCAAUAAAUCAACAAUAGGAGUAAAUUAAAAGCUAUCAAAUAAAGCAUAAUUCGAUAUCUUCAAUAAAUGAUUUAAUAUAAUAACACAAUGCAAUUAAAAACAUCAAAACACACAUUGGAAAUUAUACUGUAUCAAAAAACAAUUCUUAAAAUUCAAGUAUGUUGCAGAAAAAUAUUCAUUGUAAAAUAUUCAUCAAUCAUUUUAUAGAAAGUAUUUAAACUUAACCAAGAAGCAGAAGUGGCAGCACUAAGAGGAAUAUCAAUCAAAAAUAGAAGACAUCUAUUCAUUAAUGA